UAAUCCCAGUCCAGGAAAAUGAUAUCCUCCCAACUCAAAUCUCCCUAAUUUUAUCUAUUUUGUGUAAAUCAAAUAAUAUCAAAAACUGGUUUGAAGAGCAUAGCUUUGAAUCAAGCGAGAGAGAUAAAAUUAAAUGGCAACGAGCAGCUUGGCAUCUGCUGCAUGUGGAUUUGUGUUGGCACAAAAUGUGACAUCAAACACAACCACUCUUAAGACCAACAUGCUAUGCUUCUCUUCCAGGAACAACCGAGCCUCUAGGGUCGUCGUACGGGCCGCCGAAGAGCCCGCCGACAAGCCAGUUGAAGCAGCGCCUCCUAAAGCAGCCAAGCCACCACCAAUUGGCCCCCCAAGAGGCUCCAAGGUAAGAAUCCUUCGAAAAGAAUCGUACUGGUACAAGGGUGUCGGUUCAGUUGUUGCUGUUGACCAGGACCCCAAGACUCGGUACCCAGUGGUGGUGAGGUUCAACAAAGUGAACUACGCAAAUGUAUCUACAAACAACUAUGCUUUGGAUGAAGUGGAAGCCGUAGCAUGAACCCACUCUCUUUAAUUAAUUUAUGUUUUCUACUUUCUACCUGUAUCAUACAAUUUGCAAUGUUAAUGUGCUUCCUUUUUUUUGUUGA